CUCACAAGUUUCCUUUCGAUCCCAACCCCAUCUUUUAUAAUAUAAAUUCCAUACAGAAGCACCUAAACUUCUCAAAAUCGUGAGAAAUGGCCACAAAAGCUUGUAGUCCAAGAAGAGAUAUGGACGUGACUAUCUUCUUGUUCUCCUUCCUCUUAACUCUCACUGCUCUAGUGGAAGCUGCUGGUCGUGGAGUUUCCAAUAAUAAUAACAAAAAUGGCGGAUUAGGAGCUUCGUUUAUAUUUGGAGAUUCUCUAGUCGAUGCCGGAAACAAUAAUUAUCUACCGACCUUAUCUAGGGCCAAUAUGAAGCCUAAUGGUAUCGAUUUCAAAGCCUCCGGAGGAAACCCUACCGGUCGGUUUACUAAUGGCCGGACCAUUGGUGACAUCGUUGGGGAAGAGUUAGGGUCAGCGAACUAUGCGAUCCCGUUCUUAGCACCAAACGCUACCGGAAAAGCUUUAUUAGCCGGAGUGAAUUACGCGUCUGGAGGAGGAGGAAUCAUGAAUGCAACCGGGAGAAUCUUUGUGAAUAGGUUAGGUAUGGAUGUACAAGUCGAUUUCUUCAACACCACACGAAAACAAUUUGAUGACCUACUUGGAAAGGACAAAGCAAAAGAGUAUAUAAGCAAGAAAUCAAUAUUCUCAAUCACUAUCGGAGCCAACGACUUCCUCAACAACUAUCUAUUCCCACUUCUCUCCGUCGGAACACGUCUCACGGAAACUCCUGAUAUCUUUAUUAACGACAUGCUUGAUCAUCUACGCGACCAACUAACCAGGUUGUAUCAAUUGGAUGCGAGAAAGUUUGUGAUCGGGAACGUUGGACCGAUCGGAUGCAUACCGUACCAGAAAACCAUUAAUCAAUUAAACGAAGACGAGUGUGUGGACUUGGCUAAUAAGCUAGCAAAUCAAUACAACGUUCGACUAAAGAGUUUAUUGGAGGACCUAAACAAGAAGCUUCCCGGAGCAAUGUUCGUGCAUGCAAAUGUCUACGAUCUGGUCAUGGAACUCAUUACUAACUACAAAAAAUACGGGUUCAAAACUGCGACAAAGGCUUGUUGCGGUAAUGGAGGACAGUAUGCGGGUAUAGUACCGUGCGGACCGACUUCGAGUUUGUGCGAAGAAAGGGAUAAGUAUGUGUUUUGGGAUCCCUAUCAUCCGAGUGAAGCAGCAAAUGUUAUCAUCGCCAAGCAAUUGUUGUAUGGUGAUACUAAAGUUAUAUCUCCGGUUAAUCUCAGCAAACUUAGAGAUAUGUGAUUUGAUUGUCUGCUGAACAAAGCGUCUCCUUGGAUAUUCUAUAAAUAUUUUUCUUGCAUUUACGUUUGUUAUACGCAAAGCUAAGAUCCAUCUUUGUAUCAUUGUAUGUGUUUGUGUUGUGUUUACUUUUAGUGAGAAUGCUUUUUUUUUUUGUCAA